UCUGAUAUUUGGCUGUGGCCCUGCAGGGAGGAGGAGGAGAGUCUUCGUGACAAGAUCCGGGCAGAUCAUGAGCGGGCGCUACAGGAAGCCAAGGAAAAGCUUCGCAAGUCCAAAGAGGAGCUGAAGGCAGAGAUCCAGACGGAGAAGACCAAGGUGGCUGAGGACCUGAAGAAGAAGAAAGAUGGGCCCAAACCACUGCCUCCAGUACCCAUGCCCAAACUGGUAGGGGUUAACGAUGGUGACCCAGGGAACCCUGACAUCAAGGAAAAGAGGGACAAAAUCAGAGAGAUGAUGAAGCAUGCAUGGGACAGCUACAGACAAUAUGGCUGGGGCCACAACGAGGUCAAACCUAUCGCCAAAAAAGGACAUUCCACCAAUAUCUUUGGGAAUUCCCAGAUGGGGGCCACUGUAGUAGAUGCCCUGGACACUCUCUAUAUAAUGGGUCUCCAUGACGAGUUUAAGGACGGCCAGGAGUGGAUUGAACAAAAUCUGGAUUUCAGCGUGAACGCAGAAGUAUCUGUCUUUGAGGUGAACAUCCGCUUCAUUGGAGGGCUUCUGGCUGCUUACUACCUCUCAGGACAGGAGGUUUUUAAGGUGAAGGCUGUCCAGCUGGCAGAGAAGCUGCUUCCUGCCUUCAACACCCCAACAGGCAUCCCCUGGGCCAUGGUCAACUUGAAGAGUGGAGUGGGGCGUAACUGGGGCUGGGCAUCAGCCGGUAGCAGUAUUCUGGCAGAGUUCGGGACGCUUCACAUGGAGUUUGUGCACCUGACAUAUCUGACAGGAAACCCUGCCUACUAUCAGAAGGUGAUGCACAUUCGGAAGCUGCUGGCUAAAAUGGAUAGACCCAAUGGGCUUUACCCAAAUUAUCUGAAUCCUCGGACAGGACGCUGGGGCCAGCAUCACACCUCUGUGGGUGGCUUGGGUGAUAGUUUCUAUGAAUACCUGUUGAAGGCCUGGCUCAUGUCCGACAAAACUGACACAGAGGCGCGCAAGACCUACGACAAUGCAAUCGAGGCUAUCGAGCGCCACCUCAUCCGCAAGUCCAACGGUGGUCUUACUUUCAUUGGGGAGUGGAAAAACGGCCACUUGGAGCGCAAGAUGGGCCACCUGACUUGCUUUGCUGGGGGCAUGUUUGCCCUGGGGGCUGAUGGGUCACCGGAUGAUAAGGCUGGACACUAUCUGCAGCUCGGAGCAGAGAUCGCCCACACCUGUCAUGAAAGCUACGAUCGCACUGUGCUGAAGCUCGGACCAGAGGCCUUUAAGUUCGACAGCGGUCUGGAGGCAGUUGCUGUGAGACAGAACGAAAAAUACUACAUCCUCAGACCAGAGGUCAUCGAGACUUACUGGUACAUGUGGAGGUUCACCCACGAUCCCAAGUACAGGCAGUGGGGCUGGGAGGCAGCACAGGCUAUAGAAAAAUACUGCCGAGUUAGUGGAGGAUUCUCUGGUGUUAAAGAUGUCUACUCCUCCAACCCCACCUACGAUGAUGUCCAGCAAAGCUUCUUCCUAGCUGAAACACUCAAGUAUCUGUAUCUGCUCUUCUCCAGCGAUGAGUUGCUGCCACUUGAGAGCUGGGUCUUCAACACGGAGGCACACCCUCUGCCUGUCCUACACCUUGGCAACAUCACCCUACCUGGCAGUGAGACCCAGCGGUAGAGUGGACUCUCUGAGGGGGCGCUCUCCCCCUCACUCACCCCUUUUCUACACACCUCCCUCCUUCUAAAAGACUGCAUCCGCCAGUGCAAAGGAGAGGAGAUAUCUUUUCCCACCGACCACUUUCUCCUCCUAGGCUGUGAAUGAUCUGACUGCAGCAAACAUAGGGGACCAGAUUCACCCUUUUUACUCUAUAAAUGUCUCUCUUAUAUAUUCUCUGAAGGACAGACUACCAGAUAAGCUCACGGAUUGAUCACGUGACUCUUCUUGUGACUGGACAGAGUGCUGGUGUAAAUGUGAUCCUGUCCAUUAGCAGACAAAGAGACCUUCUGAAAUGGAUGUGCGUUGUCUUUGCGGGGAUGAAUUUACGUUUCUUUUUUCCCAAUUUGGUGGCAUUUCAUGUGAUCAACUCCGUGCAAAAUGACAGAUAAAAGGCUCUUGGACCAGGCUGCCUUUUGGAGACUCUCACCCUCUGAGCUUUGUGCUGGAACUGAUGUACGGCGGGCUCCUGGGGGCGGCAGAUGUUGGAUGUUAACCUCCUGUGAAAUCUCUCUCCAGCUGAGGCUGAAUUUAGGCCAGAGGUACCCAGGGAUGUGUUGUCCUCUCCACUUGCACCAGGAUUUCUGUGUGCGCUGCUCUUGAAAUGGUCCGCUAUCUCUCUCUAAACAAUCUGAUCCAUGUUUCCAUCAGCUUGCAGUGCUUUCAGAUUGUUGAGGUUAUCUGGUAAAACGGCCCUCUGGUUAUGUAUAUUUGCUGCUAUUGAACAACUGCUGCCACCCGACAUGUAUCAUCGGUUCAUUCCAGAAACCUGCAAUCCAUCUCUCUCCAUUCCCAACUUUUUAAAUCCCUCUUGUGAAUUAAAGGAGGAAUUCAUUGGGCACUGGUUUGAAACAACAUGAAUGAGUUGGAGUUUGGUUAAUAAAUCAAUAACACUUGAAGCAGCUGUAGUUUUAAGAGAAGUCUUUCAACAACAAUUAUCACAAGUACUGGCCAACAGGAGGGUAGAGAUUUAGAUUUUCAUAAAUACAUUGUACAUGUCCUUGGCAUGAAUCCCAGAUUAAAUGAAAACAAAUAUCUAAACUGAUGUUUGGUGCAAAGUUGCACACAACUGUAUAGUAGACUGGGAUGUAUGAAGGAUUUCGACUUCCAAUCUGAGUUUAAAGACUUCAUAAUAAUUCAUUUGUGUUUGAUAUGACUUGCUCCCCUUGAAUGUUUUAGUCCUGGGAUUGAUUAUGUGCUCUCACUCACCAGGCUGGAAACAUUUUUCUCCAAUUAUAAAAGAUGUUUCCUGAAACACUACGGCCCACAGAUAAACAGAUUCUAGAUUUGUAGAUCUCAAGUAACCUUAUUCAAAGUUUGAUGAGUCAAAUUUAAGACCUGCAACUAGUUGUUGAUGAUGUUGUUGUUAUUUUACAUUUAAUGAAUAUUCAGUAACACAUUCUGAGCACUGUGCUUUCAAAAUAAUACAAAACAAUUACCUCCCUAAUCUUUAAAAUGGCCAUACUAAAACUCUCUGUCUGAGAACAUUUAAUGUAGCAGACCAGAGAUGAAAAAGCUAACUUUCUGAGCUGAUGUGCGUUGUUAGGUCAUGAAGAAACUGAAAAUAAAUAUUUAAUUCUCUUUUUUUUUCCCUCAAGUUCAAGUGGGUGGAUACUGGGUGUAUAUGUGGUGCACUAUGCGAUGUCAUUGAUUGGCCCUCCUCAAGUACCUCUUUCUUUCGCCUCCCAUUCUUCCUCUGUAAAGCAUCCCUUUUCUCAUACUGUUCUGGUCAUGUUUACAAGAGGUACUGUAUGUCCUUUCCUCCCAUCUAGAUGGCAGCAUUGGGGUCCUGCUGGCCCUGUAUGUUUUCAUUUCUUUCCUUUUCUCCUUGUAACAUCCCUUUGACUAAUGGCUGAAGAAGUCUGGGACAACAUUCAUCCCUGUUUUUGUUGGGUGGAUUUUGAAAAAGCUGUGUUCUGUAUUUGUAUUUUUACUGACCAAAAAACAUUAAUUGUAAAUAUGUUUAAAAUGCCACAUAAAUUCAAUAAAGAUGUUAUAAAAAGUGAACGGGAAAAAAGACUCCCUCGUGAUAUAAAGGAUUUCACCACUUUGCUCCUUACUGUGGGCUGUCUGUUAGUAAAACUUAACAUUUUGGUCACUAGCAAAAUAUGGAUAAAUAAAACCUUUUAAAAGGCAUCUUCUAUAACCUAAUCUUUUAUUAAUUAAUAUGAAGUGGUUUGACUAUUGUUUUACAAAGUUUUUUUUUUUUGAAAAUUUUUGAAUUUGCCAGUUGCCUGGAAAAAAAACAUGUCUCCAUCUGAUCUAC